UAACUUCUUGGAGUUGCAAGUAAGCUGUAAAGAAGGAAGAAGCUCCAGCAAUGGACGCAUGUCUCAGCUCUGCGCCUCAGCACCAGGGCCUGGGAGAAGCCACGAGCCACGACUGGUUAGAAGCCCCGGAGGUGGGGGCUUUCCAGGAAAGUGACUCCGGGGGACCCCCAGGAGAUUUGAACAAGACAGAGCCAUCUCUUCAGAGCCUCCAGAAAUUCGUUCCUACCAACUAUGCCAGCUACACACAGGAGCACUAUUGCUUUGCUGGGAGGAAGAUCGUCAUGCAGGAAUGCAUCGAGAGCUAUGGAGCCGUGGUGUGGCCCGGGGCUAUGGCUCUGUGCCAGUAUCUAGAGGAACACACAGAAGAACUGAAGCUCCGAGAUGCUAAAGUACUUGAAAUUGGUGCUGGACCAGGCCUCGUUUCCAUUGUGGCCAGUAUUUUAGGAGCUCAAGUCACAGCGACAGAUCUGCCUGAUGUGCUAGGAAACCUUCAGUACAAUCUUUUACGAAACACGCUGGCACACACGGCUCACGUGCCCGAGGUGAGAGAACUGGUGUGGGGAGACGAGCUGGAGCAGAAGUUGCCCAAGUCGGACUUCUACUACGACUACGUGCUGGCCUCCGACGUGGUCUACCACCACUACUUCCUGGACAAGCUGCUGGCCACCAUGGUGCACCUCUGCCAGCCGGGCACCGUCCUGCUGUGGGCCAACAAGUUCCGAUUCAGCACCGACUAUGAAUUCUUAGACAAAUUCAAGCAAGUCUUUGAUACAACUCUCUUGGCUGAACAUCCAGAGUCAACAGUCAAACUGUUUCAGGGCAUACUAAAAUGGGACUAA